AUUCCUACUAUUGUUCAUCGUCAUCGAAUAAACCAAUAAAAAUGAAUAAACAACCCGGAGAGCAACCAGUCAGCUGUGCGACUUCAACUGGGAAAUCCGAAAAGGAGCGGCAGAAGGAUGAGCCGCCGAGGAGCCGAGCGGAAGCUGGAAUGAUGCGUGGCGGCGGGAGACUUCCACAGCCACGGGAUACUCCAAUGGAGGUGCCGAAUAUGAUCGCAGCGAUGCCGAUUCAGAUGACGGGAUUCGUGGACCUCGCCCCUCACACCAUACUAGACGUCCUGGCUCAAACCACCUCCCUCAUGAUCGUCCAAUGCCUUGAACCACUCGAGAUCUUCACCGGAAUUGAGACCCCCAAUCGCUACGUGGUCCACGAUAUGUAUUGCCGUCCGCUGCUCUAUUGUAUGGAGAGAUCCAGUUUCUUUGCUCGCCAACAUCAAGGAUCCCAACGCAACUUUGCUAUGCAGUGCAUGGAUAUUUUCGGGGCUCCUGUGAUGAAUUGCUUCAGAAGUCGGCCAUGCUGCUCUUGUGAUGACUUCCUGGCAACUGAGUUCUUGGGCCAGAGGAUUGGAAUGAUGAAGAGAGAGUGUUGUGAUGAUAAUUUCCAUCUCGUGGGCACUGGGAGCAACGAGCCGCUUCUGGUCCGUUCUCCAGGAUGUGCAUGCUGUGGUGGCACGCAAGUCUUCCCGGUCAUGACCUACAACGGCGCAAAAAUCGGAGAAAUUGUUCGUCUCUACCCAGGGUUCAUGCAGGAGUGGUACACCGAUGCGGACACCUACAUUGUGCAUUUCCCACCGGAUCUUCCACCAAUCCUCAAGAUCCUGCUUAUCUCCUCGACCUUCCUCAUCGACUACACAUUCUUCGAGAAUCGCGGAGGCAACCAACGUGGAGGAUAUGGACAUGGUGGCUAUGGAUACUAUUAGAGCUCUUUUUUAAAGUUUACUCAAAGAAAACCAUUUUGUGCUCA